UUGAGCAUCAAGCUCCGAUGUGUAAAUAGAUCGUGCAAAUAACAACGACUAGUAAAGCGUAGAAGGCAUCGACGAUUUCAUUUGAUUACAAUUUAAACAACUAAAAGAUAUUGCUCUUGAAUCUGAGCUGAGCAAAAAAUUAAAAAUAGAAUUCACAUGAAACAACAAUAAAAUUAGUGCCAAUUGAAAUUAGAUCAGCAUCAUUUGCCUCAUAGUUUUCUAGUUUUUACUUGUUGAAACUCUUCAAAGCAUUAAACCGAACCGAAAUGUAAUUGUAAUCGAGUUUCCAGUUAUAUUAUUGCUAUUUGUACACUAAAUCAGUGGAGCAACUGCGAACAAUUGUUCCUAUAGUGAAAAUGGAUUUCAUUCUAUCGAAAAUUAUUAGCCGCUCGGUGAAAAGUGAACGAAAUGAUAACUGUGAUACUUUAUCAAUAGGUUCAUUGUCAUAUUCAAACGAUAACGGGUUUCUUAGUAAUUCACAACCGUCAUUUGAUAUCGACAUGGAUACGAGCAAAUCAUCUAGCGGAGCCACUCACGUUUCCGGCAAGAGUCCAUUGGCUCUCGAUUCGGAUAUUAGUGGGAUUGAUGCCGAUAACACUCUUUUGUCUGGGCUAGAUACAACAAUUGAUACAAGCUACAAAAUCGAAAAUCCAAAUGCAACGUUCAGUGAUUUGAUCAGUGGUCUUGCAGGAUUUACGGACCAUGGUAAUUCAACAUCAGAGGAUCUAACCGACAAAGAGCCGAAAACUGAAUCAAAUGGAAGUUUUAUUAUAUCAGUUGGUACACAACAAAAUGAAGUGAGUUCAAUAGAUGUUGCACCCGAGGAAAAAGAAAAUCCAUUUAAAUUGCCAUCAAUGCCAACAAAGACUACGAAUCCGUUUGAUAUAAAAAGUCAAGUACAAAGUUCAUUUGAAGUGUCAGACGAUGAAUUUCAAACAGCUGGUUUAAUUCUCAAUUCAAAUGACUUUGAUUUCCUGCUAUCGCGAGGUUGUAAUUCAGGGCCAAAUAAUCCCCGUGAUUCGAUACUCGAGAGAUUUGAUCCAAUCCUAGGGCGCAAAUCAAUCGCACCUUCAUUCGCAAUCUGCAAGACAGAACCAGUUUCACUUAUAGUAGCUCCAUCAGUAUCAACAAUUUGUGAAGUUGACAGCGUUAAUGAGACAUUGGUUUCAGAAAUACAAUCGCCAGAUGUAAAACCCAAUGAGACUUUAAACGAAACUAGUAAUAACGAACAAGUUGCGAAACUGGAAUCUAUUGAAAAACUUGACACAAGCAACACUGGCGGUGACGAAGACAACUCAGAAGCAUCAAGCACAACUGAAACGUAUGAAACUGCCUCCUUCGGCGAACAGUUAAAAGCUGAUGUCACAAUGAACGUUGGUUUGAUACAUGAACUUAAAAUGGAUAACAUGAAAUCAACGGAGCAAGACAAAGAAGAACCAAAUCUUAAAAUGAAUGAUGAACACAAAGUUAAACAAGAAAUGGUGGCAGACAUCGAACGUAAAUUAAAGGAAGCCGAAUCUAGAGAGGAAGCUUUGCUCCGACGCAUAACAGAAAAAGAAAAAGCCCUAAACAAAAUGAGUGCGGUGGUGGAAAACUACGAAAAAACCAUGGUCGAAAUGAUUUCAGAACGGGAACAACUUACACAGAACUACGAAAAACAAUUGUUACAAUUGAAAACAGAACGUGAUGCAAAUUUUCAUCAUCUCACAUCAUUAGAGAAUACAUUUUCGGAUUUGCAUGUUAAAUACGAAAAGAGUAAGCAAAUGGCCAUUGAAGUAAAGGAAAGUGAAGCCAAAUUGGUGGAGAAACUAGAGUUUUGUCAACAGCAAAUGAACUUACAGGAGCAACGGUAUGAUAAGCUAAAAAAUCACGCUCUCUCACAAUUGGAGGGGUAAGUAAUUAUAGAAGGAAUUAAA